AUGCCUACCUACCCGACCAGCCAGGAAUGGCUGCGCCAAUCUUCUCUCCUUCUUGAGGCCCGACCUUCCACAACCCGCAUCACAAGCAAAUACUCCAUCAAGCCCGCGAAGUCAAGGCCAGCGAAGGAGGGGGCCGCGGCAGCAGCAGCAGACGCGGAGCCGAAGCCGCCGCGCGGGCGACUCGUGCUCAAGACGUUCGAUCCGGUCGGCGGCGUCACGCUCAAGUAUAAGACGACUAAGGCCGCCGAGGUGGCGCGGCUGAUCCAGAUGCUGGGCACGCUCGGCCGCACGAUGGCGGCGCUGCCACCGCUGCCGCAGGAGGAGGCCAUGCCCGAUGCACCGAAGGAGGAAGCGCCGGCACCAGUAGCCCCUGCUGCGGCUGCCGCCCCGUCACAGCCAGGGCAGCAGCAGGGUGGAGGCGGUGGAAAGGGUAAAAAGAAGAAGGGCAAGAGGUAG